AUGGCUACCAUGUCUUACUCUCUACUUGCUCUCCUUCUCUCCUUCCCUUUCUUGUUAGGUACUGGAAAUUCAGCAACUUUUACCAUUUUAAAUCAAUGUGCUUACACGGUGUGGCCGGGACUUUCUUCCGGCGCCGACUCACCACAGCUCUCCACUACCGGCUUUGUUCUUGAGGUAGGAAAGUCCAACGCCAUCACCAUCCCGUCGGGGUGGUCCGGCCGCAUUUGGGCCCGCACUUAUUGCUCCCAAGAUUCCACCGGCAGAUUCACUUGUGCCACUGCCGACUGCGGCUCCCGCACUAUUGACUGCAAAGGUAAGGGUGCUACCCCGCCCGCCACCUUUGCCGAGAUCACUCUCAAUGGUUUGGAUGGGCUCGAUUUCUACGAUAUCAGCCUCGUUGAUGGCUACAAUUUGCCCAUCUCAAUUACUCCCCAAAAUGGAACAGAAAUUGGUGGAGGAAAUUGCCCAACAGUUGAAUGUGCAAAAGAUAUAAACAGCCAUUGUCCAGCAAAACUAAGACUGACGGAUAGGGACGGAAGUGGAAAAGGUGUAGCAUGUAAAAGCGCAUGUGAGGCUUUUGGUGAUGCAAAAUACUGUUGUAGUGAUGAAUUUGGUAGUCCAGAUACUUGUAAACCCUCAUCUUAUUCACAGUUCUUCAAAUCCGCAUGUCCUCGUGCUUAUACGUAUGCCUACGAAGACGGUAACACUUUCGGUUGCAAUGGUGCCAAUUACCUCAUCACCUUUUGUCCUUCUCCACAUUGGCAACCCCCACAUAUAGUUGACACCUCAAGAGCCGAGCGUUCGCGCAUACUGUCAAUGUUCGUAGCCCUUAUCUCCAUCAUGAUGGCAGCUCUAAGUAGGCAAUUUUACUAA